UCAUAAAUAUCCUCAAACCAUCUUGGAUGCAAUAGACUUCAUCAGAGCAAUUGGGCUUUUUGUACCAUUGGGUUGACAGGUAUUGCAUACCGCAGGACGACACCCCGGAAAAGCGACUCCGAAUCUCACAGAUGGACCGAAUAUAUACCAAAGCAGAAGCCGCCAUCAUUGCCACUGCAGGCAAUGAUCCUAAUCAUGGUGUGCCUGGUGUCAAUGCUCGACAGCGACAACCACCAAGCUGUGCGACGAUCAACAGACAGCUUUACAUCAUCGUCCCACCCGAUCCAGCAUAUGAAAUCAGGGCAUCUAAAUGGAUCUCUCGAGCCUGGACAUAUCAAGAAUGUGUCCUAUCCUGACGCCGAAUUAUCUUUUGGAACCAGCAAGUCUACUUCAAAUGUUCGGCAAUGCACUGCUACAAAGCAAUGCGGGCAUUGGUACACUUAUUUCAUAGUGUCCUUUACAUACAACUUUCGAAGUGGGACAAGCCGGGUCUAUUUCCAGUCAAACCUAAUCGUCGCACGCUUGCCGAACUCUUUCGUCACGUAUCCCAGUACCAGACACGUGAGCUCUCGUAUCCUAAAGAUGUUCCCAAUGGGAUGCUUUGUAUAUUCGCAGCUUUUUGGCAAGGCCCGUUGGAGGGAAACUAGAGCAGAACUGAACAGCAAAUCGUGCAAAUUGCAGGCAUACCGCUAACACUUACAUCAUCCUCUGUACACAUGACCGGCUCGAUCUGCAAACCUAACCUACCACUUGCAAAGAGACACGCAGUUCAUUACCGGAUUGGUUUGGAGGCUGAAGAAACCUGCUAAGCGACGGCCUGGGUUCCCAAGUUGGUCAUGGACAGAAUGGUAUGGAGUUGUCCUGCCCCCCCCCCCCUCCCCCCCCCUCCCACGAAACAAACGGUUUCAUCCCUAACAG